AUGGAUAAUCUUGGUCCUCUUGAAAAUAUCAGUGUAAGUGAAGACCCGAUUCUAAAUGAUACAGAAAAAAACACCUAUAAUUGGAGUCGUAGUAACAGUAGUAAUGUUGAUCAUUUAGUCGGCGUUAGGGACAUUCGGAAUUUAAACGUGGAUGACACUUUUUUAGUUUUAGGUAGGGAUAAUAAAAAAGAUGGUUAUUCCAUAUAUUUUGAUAUUGAAAAUCAAGUUUUUGGGAUUGACAAUAAUCAUUCUUUUUUGAGUGAACUAGAAAAUUCUUUUUCUAGUUAUUGGAAUUCUAGUUAUUUAAAUAAGGGGUCUAGGAGUGACGAUUCCCACUAUGAUUAUUAUAUGUAUGAUACUAAAUAUAGUUGGAAUAAUUACAUCAAUAGUUGCAUUGACAGUUAUCUUCGUUCUCAAAUCGGGAUUGAUAGUUAUAUUUUAAGUGGUAGUGAACAUUACAGCGAAAGUUACAUUUCUACUUACAUUUGGGGUGAAAGUAGAAAUAGUAGUGAAAACGGGAAUUCCAGGCUAAGAACUAGCACGAACGGCAGCGAUUUCGCUCUAAGAGAAAAUUCUAAUGAUCUCGGCGUAACUCAAAAAUACAAGCAUUUGUGGGUUCAAUGUGAAAUUUGUUAUGGAUUAAAUUAUAAGAAAUUUUUUAAAUCAAAAAUGAAUAUUUGUGAACAAUGUGGAUAUCAUUUGAAAAUGAGUAGUUCAGAUAGAAUUGAACUUUCGAUUGAUCCAGGCACUUGGGAUCCUAUGGAUGAGGACAUGUUCUCUCUGGAUCCCAUUGACUUUCAUUCGGAGGAAGAACCUUAUAAAGAUCGUAUUGAUUCUUAUCAAAAAAAGACAGGAUUAACCGAGGCCAUUCAAACCGGCAUAGGUCAACUAAACGGCAUUCCCGUAGCAAUUGGGGUUAUGGAUUUUCAGUUUAUGGGGGGUAGUAUGGGAUCGGUAGUAGGCGAGAAAAUUACUCGUUUAAUCGAGUAUGCUACCAAUAAAUUUUUACCUCUUAUUCUAGUGUGUGCUUCCGGAGGAGCACGCAUGCAAGAAGGAAGUUUGAGCUUGAUGCAAAUGGCUAAAAUUUCUUCCGCUUUAUAUGAUUAUCAAUCGAAUAAAAAGUUAGUUUAUGUAUCAAUCCUUACAUCUCCUACGACUGGGGGGUGA